CGAGAGAAAGACGGAGAGGGGGAGAGAGAGCGUGGGGAAUGGUGUUAGUUUGUUGUUUAUUAUUUGUGUUGUCUGUUUGAGUUGUGCUACUGUGUGGUUUUGUUGUUGUUGGUUGUUCCAGGUUUGGGUUUGGGUUUGUUCCGUCUUGGUUGGGGCUUCCGGAGCUUCAACCCUCUCUCUCUCUCUCGUUGUGUUGUGUUGUGUUGUUCUGUCUCUCUACUCCUCCGUUGUCGCUGCUCGCUUCGCCCCGCCCUUGCAAUCUCUUCCCACACUCACUCACUCACUCACUCUUGUUGGCUGGCUGGCUGGAUUGCCUGCUUGCUUUCUGCAUUCAUUCCUCCUCUUCCUCCUCUUCAUUCCUCUUCCCAAGUCGUGCUUUGUCUGUUUUAGUCCUGUGUCUUUGUGCGGAGGAGGAGGAGGAGCUUCUUUGCUGUUUGCUGGGCGACGAGAGGAACAAGGUUUCGCGGGGCUUCCCAGGGCGAUGGCGUCCUCCAGCUACGCCAUCAAGGAGGAAGAUCACGAGGAUUAUGAGGAGGAAGAAGAUGAUGAAGACGCGGCUGGAGAGACGGUUGCAAUUGCCCUUCAGGGUUUUAUGGAGCAAGUGCAAUGUGAACGGCAAGCAUAUGUAAAGCGACGCAUGAAUUCGAACAAGGAGCGGUUGAAGGGCUACACAUGGAAUCUUUUGAAACUGGACCAGGAGCGCAAGUCGGUAUGGGAAAGGAGAGAAGUGUCGAGCUUCUCCUCACUUUGUCAAAAAAAACAUCAAGCUUACGGCAACUUGAAUGGCUCAGAUUCCUCCGGAGAGAAAGAUGGCAGAUUAGCUACCCAGGAAUCGGGUGGUUUAGACAAGCCAAUAUCCAUUAUUUUUGGAUGUCAAACGGGCGGAAAGACAGCCAUUCGGCCAGUGAAGCUACGCAAAGUUGAGAAUGUGCCACCGUACACAACAUGGAUCUAUUUAGAUAGGAACCAACGCAUGACAGAAGAUCAAUCUGUAGUGGGCCGACGUCGGAUCUACUAUGAUAGUGAUGGCAAUGAAACUCUAAUCGCCAGUGAUAGUGAAGAAGAAGAUCCUGGGGAUGAUGAUGACAAAGACGAACCUAAGCACGACUUCAGCAAGGGUGAAGACACCUUAAUCUGGAUGUCCAUCCAGGAGCUUGGAUUGAAGUCGGUGGUUUUGAAUGAGCUCUCCGAUGUCCUUGACAUAAAACCAGAAGAAAUCGAGGCAAGGUAUGACAUCCUGUUAAAAGAUUUUGCUAAGAAUGGUGGGAGUGAGAUGCUGCUGCCAACUGCUGUAGGGACUACCCGUGAUAAAGAAUUUACUAGAGGAACUUUUCAAGAGUUUUCAUUGUUCAACUCUGGAAAGGAAGCUGUGAAGGAAGAAAAUGAACUUCCAGACACGCAAGAGGAUGAUGACAAUGAAACGAAAGACCUCCUGGCUGCUAUGGAUUCUUUUGACACUCUGUUUUGCAGGCGCUGUUUGGUAUUUGACUGCCGAUUACAUGGAUGCUCCCAAGCUAUAGUCCAUCCAAGUGAAAGGCAACAACCAUGGAGUGGCACAGAAGAAGACCCUAGUCCUUGCAGCAAAGAUUGUUAUUUGUUGACUGAUCCAAACUACGUGACAAAGACCAGAUUACGUCCUGAAGUUCCCCCCCGAGGAGAUGUUGAUGCAGGACUUAGAGAUGUUUCACAGAGUCCCGAGCAGGGCCAAACCGCUACCAACGGUCAAGAAGAUGAUGUGGGUGUCUCAGAAAGAUUUUCCAAGAGGUCGGGGAUGUCCAGCAGAGAAAGGUCAAGUUCCUCAGAGACUCAGGCAUGGGCUGCACCGACAAUACUUGAUCCAGGAGCGACCCAACCGGUAGGUCGCACCGGUAGCUGGUCUAAAGUAGGCUCAAAAGAGAAGAAAUCAGAAAAACGCCCGAGUGCCACACGCAGGUCACUCCGUGUGAGACGUAAUUGCCCACAAGAAGAUACUUCCGCUCUCUUAAAGCCACAGUUAAGCCAGGAAGAAUCUGUUAUCUCUCUCGACAGCGAUAGCCAGGACUUUCCUAAAGAAGAGUCACCCUCUUUAAAGGGGGAAGGAAGCUCCUACCAGGAUGAGGCUUUCAAGGUGAAAAAGGCCCGUCAAGGCGUGUUGCCUUCAAAGAGGAAGAAGGAUGUUGAGAAGGAUGGUGAGGUUGAGAAAGACGAUGAUAUGGAGAAAGAUGAUGAUGUGGACAAGGACGAAGAUAGGGACAAGGAUGAUGAUAUGGAUAAAGAUGAUCUAGAGAAGGAUGAUGAUCUUGAGAAAGACGAUGAUACGUCGCGAGAAGGUGAAGCUGAUGAGAAGAUUGCUGUAGCAUCUGCACCUGAGGGUUUUGCUUUCAAAGAGGGGCAAGAUGAAGCUCCAGGUCAAGCAGUCAAAGUAGAAGUAGGUGUUGGGUGGACUGAGAUGGAGAAGGGUUUGUAUGAGAAGGGUUUGCAGAUUUUUGGCAGAAACAGUUGCUUGGUAUCGCGAAACCUUCUUCAAGGCUGCAAGACGUGUGCAGAGGUGGCCAAGUACGCAAUGGAACUAGAUGCUGCUGGACUUGGUGGUGUCCGACGGAUUGCUGACAGUUUGGAUACAGAGGCAGCAAGCAGAGCACGAUUGUAUGGUGUUCGGCGCAAAAAGAAUAUGCGCAAGCUUAAGUAUACAUUUAAGUCUGUAGUGCAUCCACUUAUACGGAAAAGGUUGGCUAACGGGAAGGAUCAAACGUGUCGGCAAUACACACCUUGCAACUGCCUCUACACUUGUGGGAAGCAAUGUCCGUGCCUACUUAAUGGUACCUGCUGUGAAAAAUACUGUGGGUGCUCCAAGAGCUGCAAGAAUCGGUUCCGGGGCUGCCAUUGUGCAAAGAGUAAUUGCUGUAGUCGGCAAUGCCCGUGUUUCGCUGCAGGGCGCGAGUGUGACCCUGAUGUCUGCAGAAAUUGCUGGGUUGGUUGCGGAGAAAAACAUGUAAAGCCGGCAGUGGAGUACACAUGCCAUAAUAUGAAGCUCAUGCUGAAGCAGCAGCAGCGGGUGUUACUGGGCAGGUCAGAUGUGGCAGGCUGGGGUGCAUUCCUGAAGAAAACGGUUGCCAAGCAUGAAUACCUCGGAGAGUAUACUGGUGAACUCAUCUCCCAUCGAGAGGCCGAUAAACGAGGGAAAAUUUACGACAGGGAGAAUUCGUCGUUCCUCUUCAAUCUAAAUGAUCAGUAUGUGCUGGACGCAUGUCGAAAGGGCGACAAGCUCAAAUUUGCGAACCAUUCACCUACUCCCAACUGCUAUGCCAAGGUUAUUAUGGUUUCCGGAGACCAUAGGGUAGGGAUUUUCGCUAAAGAACGAAUUGGAGCUGGGGAAGAACUAUUCUAUGACUACCAAUACGAGCCUGAUAGAGCGCCCGUAUGGGCAAGAAAACCUGAUGAUCCUAACAACAAGAGGGAUGAUAUGCCAAGUACCGGUGGACGAGCACAGAAAGUUGCUUAAGUGGCUCAUUUACUGUUGCAGUUCAGGUCUCGCGGAGGUAUUUUGCAUCAGUCAAGGUAUUGGCGAUCCCACUCUUGCCAUUCGAAGGAGGCAAUCCCUCAAUCUGUGACCUAUUUUAUGCAACUUUGUACUCGAAUUGGCGGUUACUAUCUGGUUUAGAGGUUACCAGCACGACGAUUGGCAAUUGUGUGAAGAUUAGUGCUUGAUACUAAUUUAUAUCCAGACAGGCACAAGAGGUGCGAUGCGCCCUGUCCAAUGUGUCGUCAGGACAUUUUGGUUGACCACGGGAACAAACUCCCUUUACUCGGGUCCCGUAUACUUCGUAGGAGACGCCCAGUGUAGUUGGACCUCAUUUUGUAGUUCAGAAUCACAAGUACGAUGACAUUCUUAAGAUUGAGGAGAAUCACCACAUUCAUUCUAAUUUUUCAGUCCAUUAUUUCGUUUCUA